CAGAUACAGCAGCUAAAGCAAGGGAAUCCAAGUCGUGGGCCCCAGGAAGAUGCACUAAAUGAGCCUCCCCAUCUUUCUACCUUCUUCUGCAGCGACCAGGAUGGAAAAACAGAUAUAAAAUCCCUCAUGGCGAAGUUCAACACGGGGAGUAACCCGACUGAGGAGGCCGCCACCAGCAGCAGGCCCUUCAAAGUGGCAGGACAAAGCUCGCCUUCUGGAAUACAAUCAAGAAAGAAUUUAUUUGACAACCAAGGAAAUGCCAGCCCGCCCGCAGGACCCAGCAACACGCCUAAAUUUGGGACCACAAAACCACCCUUGGCAGCGAAACCUACCUACGAGGAGAAGCCUGAGAAGGAACCUAAACCCCCGUUUUUAAAACCCACCGGAGUGAGCCCAAGAUUUGGAACACAGCCAAACUCGGCUUCUAGAGACCCUGAGGUCAAAGUGGGGUUCCUGAAACCUGUAAGCCCCAAACCCACCAGCAUGACCAAGGAAGAUUCCAAACCUGUGGUUUUACGGCCACCUGGGAAUAAGCUUCACAAUUUGACCCAAGAGUCUGACUUAAAGACGCCAGGACCGAAGCCAGGGCCUGCUCCCCCAGUCCCAGAAAAUGAGCUGAAGCCAGGAUUCUCAAAGGUGGCUGGAGCCAAGAGCAAGUUCAUGCCAGCGGCACAAGAUACUGAGUCCAAACCCCGAUUUCCCAGACACACCUUUGGCCAGAAGCCAUCCCUAAGUACAGAGGACUCCCAGGAAGAGGAGAACACCUCUAAGAAUGUGCCUGUCCAGAAAGGAUCCCCAGUGCUGCUGGGAGCCAAAUCCAAGAGCACCCCUUUCAAACCAGCUAAGGAAGACCCAGAGGAUAAAGACCAUGGAGCACUAAAUUCACCCUUUGCUGGAGUGGUUCUGAAACCCGCUGCGAGCAGAGGAAGCCCGGGUCUCUCCAAAAACUUUGAAGAAAAAAAAGAAGAUAGGAAAACAGACAUUGCAAAGAACAUCUUUCUGAACAAACUGAAUCAGGAAGAGCCGGCCAGAUUCCCUAAGGCCCCUUCCAAGCUGACAGCGGGGACACCAUGGGGCCAAAGUCAGGAGAAGGAAGGAGACAAGAAUUCUGCGACCCCAAAGCAGAAGGCCCUGCCUCCCCUGUCUGUCUUGGGCCCGCCUCCACCCAAGCCCAACAGACCACCCAACGUUGACCUGACCAGAUUCCGAAAGGCUGACUCUGCAAACAGUACCACCAAAAGCCAGACACCUUACUCGACAACGUCCCUGCCACCACCUCCGCCUACCCAUCCAGCCAGCCAGCCACCUCUGCCGUCAUCCCACCCAGCGCAUCCGCCGGUCCCCAGCCUACCCCCCAGAAACAUUAAGCCUCCCCUUGACCUGAAACAUCCUAUAAAUGAAGAAAAUCAAGAUGGUGUUAUGCACUCUGAUGGUACUGGAAAUCUAGAAGAGGAACAAGAGAGUGAAGGAGAGACGUACGAAGACAUAGACUCAUCUAAGGAACGAGACAAAAAACGGGAAAAAGAAGAAAAGAAGAGGUUGGAGCUAGAACGAAAGGAGCAGAAGGAGAGAGAGAAGAAAGAGCAAGAACUGAAGAAGAAAUUCAAGCUCACGGGCCCUAUUCAAGUCAUCCACCAUGCAAAAGCCCGCUGCGAUGUCAAAGGCGGAAAGAAUGAGCUGAGCUGCAAGCAAGGAGAGGACAUUGAGAUAAUCCGCAUCACAGACAACCCAGAAGGAAAAUGGCUGGGCAGGACUGCAAGGGGGUCAUAUGGUUAUAUUAAAACAACUGCCGUCGAGAUUGACUACGAUUCGCUGAAACGGAAGAAGAACUCCCUCAAUGCUGUCCCACUGAGACUUGCUGAAGAUGACCAGGAGGUCUAUGAUGAUGUGGCUGAGCAGGAUUCCCCUAACAGCCACAGCCAGAGCGGAAGUGGAGGGAUGUUCCCACCGCCACCAACAGACGAUGAGAUCUAUGAUGGAAUAGAAGAGGAGGAUGAUGACGAUGGAUCCAUACCGCAGGUUGACGAGAAGACUAACGCAUGGUCCUGGGGGAUUUUGAAGAUGUUAAAGGGAAAAGAUGACAGAAAGAAAAGCAUUCGAGAGAAACCUAAAGUCUCUGAAUCAGACAAUAAUGAAGGUUCAUCUUUCCCUUCUCCGAAUAAGCAACUGGAUGUGGGAGAAGAAGUUUACGAUGAUGUGGAUGCCUCAGACUUCCCUCCUCCACCUGCAGAGAUGAGCCAAGGAAUGAGUGUUGGAAAGGCAAAAACAGAAGAGAAAGAUCCCAAGAAGCUAAAAAAGCAAGAAAAGGAAGAAAAAGACCUCAGGAAAAAAUUUAAGUACGAUGGUGAAAUUCGAGUUCUAUAUUCAACUAAAGUUUCAUCCUCCUUAACUUCUAAAAAGUGGGGAGCGAGAGAUCUACAGAUAAAACCUGGGGAGUCACUUGAAGUUAUCCAAAGCACAGACGACACCAAAGUUCUCUGCAGGAACGAAGAGGGCAAAUAUGGUUAUGUCCUUCGGAGUUACCUUGUGGACAAUGAUGGAGAAAUCUAUGACGACAUCGCUGAUGGUUGCAUCUACGACAAUGACUAGCACUCCGCUCUGUUCACUCCACUGCGCCUCCUAGUGGCCAACAUGAAUUUUAAUUAGAAUGUCUUGGGUAUUAUAGAAAAAAAUCUGAAUGUACAAAAUAAAAUGUCAAUCUCUCUAUAAAGUUUUAAAAUUUUAAACCUGGAAAAUGAACUCUGUUUAAUAGGUCAGAAGAUCACUAAUGUGCAUUUCUCUCUCUCUCUCUCUCUCUCUCUCUCUCUCUCUCUCUCUCUCUCUCUCUCGUUGUUAUUGUUGCUGAUGUUAUGAUCAAUGGUUUCUUACUGUGUAGUUCAGGCCUUUUUCCUGUCUCAGCCUCCAAAGGGCUGAAAUUAUCAACCUGAGCCACCACACCUGGCUUGAGGAUCCCAUUUCGCUUCAGCCGUGCACUUCUCUUAGACCACCAGCAGGGAAUCUCUUCUACCCUACACUCUUUAAAGAAAUAAAGAAAAGGGAAUGUAAAGAAGGAAUUUUCAAGUCCACAAGAAGUCAGCCUUCACUUGUCAUCACCCAGUCAGAUUACCUACCCAAAACCAGGCCGAGCAAGCUCCUCUCAAGCCUGAAAGACAAGGGUAUUGGCAGAACAUUUGUAUCAAAUUGGUUCCUUUUUGUUCACUACGAAAUCAUACGUUAAUUAUUUGAUAAGCAUGCUUUCUGCUCUGUAUGCACAUCAAAGAUUAACCUGUGUACAAGAGUCUAAAAUCUUAUUUCUGUGGAUCUGUACACACAUCAGUGAAGUCUGUGCUCUGUUUAGAUACCAUCCUUACCUAGAGAAAUGGAGGAGUCUACCUGACAGUGGCGAACACUGCAAGGAAGAACCCCGAGACCCACUCUCCUUUUACAGUGACACUUUACUGUGAAGUCUCUUGGAAAGGGUUUUGUGUUUUGCUGUCAGUUGCAUCUGCAGAACUUUGUGAUGUUUGUAACCACUUUACAAGAAAAUUGUUGAGCAGAGGGAACACAGGGCAAGAAAUCCCAGUGCUUAGCCUGGGUGCUCCCCACCUAUCCCUCACCACCUCUUCCAGACUGCAUGCUAAGAACAGUAAGCACCGUGGUCCAAGACAGAACACCCCAAUGUCCAAGAAGAUAAUGAAUAAAGUAAUGCUUUGAAAUUACUGAAUCCCGAGGCUGGUUCUAUCAUUGACUAUGCUGCAACCUUGGCAAUAUUCAUUACUUGUCCACUGUUCUUGUAAAACAGGAGUCAACUAAGUUUGUCCCAGCAUUCUUCUUUACUGCCAGCUUCAAGCUUUGACAGUUCCUCCUUCUCAGAUGUGCACUUCAGAACUUCUUUUGUUUUUCUAUUUGAAAUCAUUGAUUAAAUAACGAUUGAUACAUUAUAUAAGUAAACUGCAAAAGCCCUUUGGCGUUUCCAAAGAGGGACCCCCAUUAAUUUUUUUUUAGGUCAAAAAUUGUCUGGGAUAGAGAAAUAAUUCAGUUGAUAAAAGCAUUUGCA